AUGCUAGAGGGCCCUCAGAUCUCUGUAGAUGCUAGAGGCCUCAGAUCGUGCGUGGCGCCCGCAGCUUUCGUAGGUGCUAGAGGGCCCUCAGAUCUCUUAGGUGCUAAAGGGCCCUCAGAUCUCUUAGGGGCUAGAGGGCCCUCAGAUCUCUUAGGUGCUAAAGGGCCCUCAGAUCUCUUAGGGGCUAGAGGGCCCUCAGAUCUCUUAGGGGCUAGAGGGCCCUCAGAUCUAGGGCCCUCAGAUCUCUUAGGUGCUAGAGGGCCCUCAGAUCUAUUAGGUGCUAGAGGGCCCUCAGAUCUCUUAGGGGCUAGAGGGCCCUCAGAUCUCUUAGGAGCUAGAGGGCCCUCAGAUCUAUUAGAGGCUAGAGAGCCCUCAGAUCUAUUAGGGGCUAGAGAGCGCUCAGAUCACGUGCGAACCAAAUGGCUUUCAGAUCUCGCACUAGAGGAGUCCUCACAUCUCAUGGGUACUAAAAGAGCCUUCAGAUCUCGUGGAUACUUAGAGAGGUUCUCAGGUCUCAUGAGUAACAGAGAACUCUCAAAUCACUUUGGAGUCAGAGGGUGCGAGGAUCCCGUCAGUACCACAGGAACCCUCCCUGUACUAUAUAAAGUCUAA